GGCGCAGAAGAGGCCAACUCGUCCAUCGCGAGGGCGUCCGCUCCCUCAGGGGCGGCGGCCAGACGACAAGUUAGCACGGCGAAGCUCGUAGCGCACUUGACCGGAGCAAGCAUGCCGGUUCCCUCCACGCGCGCGAUGGCGGGAUCGCGCGCGUCAGGAGGCGUUCGGCGAGACAGAGUGCCCUGGGCGAAGCGCCCUUCGGCGCCGGUUUGCAUCUGGAACACCCCUGAGCAGUCGCCCAAGCAUGAAGCGGAACGACAGGAGUCGCGCAGAGAUCACCCCAUGGGGAGAUGCAGGCACACCGGAGUCCGGUCGGCUUCGCCGGAUGAACCGCCCUUGCUUGACUGCAUGCUGAACGCAGAGCUGCAUGCUGCGUCGAGAGACGAGGCGAGCCGGAUGAAACGUCGCUCGUCUUCUCAGCAGCGAGCGCAAAAGAAGAGGUUGAGGCGCACGGUGUUGCACGGGCAAAGCUUCACGCAGGCAGAAGCGCUGCGCGAGCAAGCGACGUCGAGACGUGCCAAGAGCGUUCGCCUGCCUGCUCGUCAGCGUACGGCUGCGGCGCGGCUCCAUCCUCUCGUCCGAGAUGAUAGAGGGCCGCUGCGAAAGUGCCCGAGGGCGCGAUCUAUAGAAGGCAGUCGCCGGCGCAUGCGGUGCCUCAAUCAGGGGCAAGGCCGCGUGGCCAGCGCUGCGGCGCGGCACCGGGGCGGAGCCGAGGCGUGCAGAGGAAGUAGGUCAUGUGAUGUGACUGCGCCUUCGCUUGCAUCUCGCGCCGAGUGAGGCGCAGCAGAGAGACGGGCGGAGCGUGAUGAUUCACUUCGGCGGCUGGGCUGGCGAGUGGCGAUGCGCAUCGGGGGCUCGGAGGUGGUGUAUUCGAGGCACGUGUGCUGCGCU